AUUAAAACGAGUAACUUUUGGCUUUAAGUGCUCCUAAGUCUUAAAGUUAACUAAGCCAGUUCUGUCUCUCUUCUCUCUCAUCUCUCUCAUCUCUCUCACAUCUUCGAGAAGUUUCCGCCGGCGGGAGAGAUCAAAGACAACUGUUGAUCAGCGAUCAGAGAUAUGAACAUUCUCUUCUCCAGAUUCUCCAUUUUGCUUCUGUUUCUCUGUUCUUGGACCAGUUUCACCACAACAGAGGCUUAUGAUGCACUUGAUCCAACUGGAAACAUUACUAUAAAAUGGGAUAUUAUAAGCUGGACUCCUGAUGGUUAUUUGGCUGUUGUAACAAUCUUUAAUUUCCAACAAUACCGUCACAUUGAGGCGCCGGGGUGGCAAUUAGGAUGGACUUGGUUGAAGAAGGAAGUGAUAUGGAGUAUGGUUGGUGGGCAAGCAACAGAACAAGGAGAUUGUUCUAAGUUUAAGGGUAACAUUCCUCAUUGCUGCAAGAAGACCCCGACUAUCGUUGAUUUGUUACCGGGAACUCCUUAUAACCAACAGAUAUCCAACUGUUGUAGAGGCGGUGUAAUUAGCGCGUGGGCACAAGACCCCGCAACCGCUAUUUCUUCAUUUCAGAUUAGUGUUGGUCAAUCUGGAACAACUAAUACGACGGUUAGAGCACCUAGGAACAUCACUUUGAAGGCACCAGGACCUGGUUACACUUGCGGGCCUGCAAAACUCGUUAAGCCUAGUAAAUUCAUUUCUGCGGAUAAACGAAGAAAGACUCAGGCCUUGCUGACAUGGAACAUUACGUGCACGUAUUCACAGUUUCUAGCACGGAAAACUCCGACUUGUUGUGUCUCACUCUCAUCCUUCUACAAUGAAACUAUAAUACCAUGCCCAACUUGUUCUUGUGGAUGUCAAAAUAGUUCUCAAGCUGGUACAUGUGUCGACCCGAAAAUAGCUUCGGUAGUACCAGCUUCAGGGAAGAACAACCUCGAACCGCUCUUGCAAUGUACGCAACAUAUGUGUCCCAUCCGAGUUCAUUGGCAUGUUAAAACUAACUACAAAGAGUAUUGGAGAGUGAAGGUCGCAAUCACAAACUUUAACUACAAUAUGAACUACUCGCAGUGGAACUUAGUCGUUCAGCAUCCCAACUUCGACAAUCUCACUCAGCUUUUCAGCUUCAACUACAAACCGCUUAAUCCUUACGCUAACAUAAAUGACACGGCCAUGCUAUGGGGAAUCAAGUUCUACAAUGAUUUUUUGAGCCAAGCUGGUCCAGUAGGCAAUGUACAAUCAGAGCUUCUCUUCCAAAAGAACCCGUUGGAGUUCACAUUCGAGAAAGGCUGGGCGUUUCCGAGGCGCAUUUACUUCAACGGUGAUAACUGCGUUAUGCCACCUCCAGACUCUUAUCCAUGGCUUCCAAACGCUAGUCCAAACCUUGCAACCUCGCCAUUCGUCAUACUUCUCAUCACUUUCUUUUCUGUUUUGAUUCUUAUUUUACCACCUCAAGAAUUCUUCGAAGAGAUGGAGGAUAUGAAGCCAUGUGCCGCAAACUCGCCACCGUUGACCCCGAUAGGUUUCUUAGAGAGAGCCGCCACCGUUUACGGUGACUGUACCUCCAUCUUUUACGGAACUAACACCGUUUACACGUGGCGUGAAACAAACCUCCGUUGCCUCCGCGUCGCGUCUUCUCUGUCUUCAAUCGGGAUCGGCAGGUCCGACGCCGUCUCCGUUCUCUCUCCCAAUACUUCGGCGAUGUACGAGCUCCAGUUCGCUGUUCCCAUGUCCGGCGCAAUCCUCAACAACAUCAACACACGCCUCGACGCACGCACCGUCUCUGUUCUUCUCCGUCACUGUGGAUCUAAGCUUCUCUUCGUCGACGUCUUCUCCGUCGAUCUCGCCGUCGAAGCGAUCUCGAUUAUGUUUAAUUAAGUUUAAGGAUUUCAAUUCGCCAACAAAUUCACAGGUUCUGU